UGCGCCUAUAAAAUCCGCCGGCCGUCACUCCCUAGACUCCCAGAUCAUACUAGUAGGACGCUCAGUUCCUCCUCAACCACACAAGUCAAUCAUCGUCUAGCAUUUCAUUCCACCAUUCCAAAUCUGUCGAUCAAGGUUGUGUGGAUUGACGCCAUGCAGCAGAAGGGUGUGCUGAAGCUGGACCUGCACGACGACAGGCAGAAGCAGAAGGCCAUGGAGGCCAUCACCAGUCUGAACGGUAUCGACCAGAUCGUCAUGGACAUGGAGAAGCAGGAGAUGACGGUGGUGGGCACCGUCGACCCGGUCCACGUCGUGAAGAGGCUGCGCAAGAAGCGCUUCACCACUCACAUCGUCUCCAUCGGCCCAGCCAAGGAGGAGAGCAAGGACGGCGGCGAUGGGAAGGGCGGCGCCGGCAACAAUAGUGAGGUGAACAAGGCCCUGGUGUACACGCAGUGGUACGAGCCGCAGCACCACCCGCAGGCGUACUGUGUCAUCUGCAGAUCGACGCAUCGAUGCCCCUGUCCAUUCUGUACAUAGGUUGGCUGCCCUGCCUCCCGCUUGAUCGACGGCGUGCCUUACAUGUCCAUCUAACGUAAGGAAUGCACCGGCCGGCAGCCGUGUAUCUGCCGAUCGAGUCUGUAAUUUGCAUAUGUGGAAUAGUAAAAGCAUCUCGAUUUUAAGUGGA